CAGAAAGCCCUAACGCCUGCUACUUUCUAGUUCGUCGAAGAGCUUCUUCACUCUCUCUCUCUCUCUCUCUAGCCUGCACUACGCGGUACGCUCCCUAGAUUCAUCGACGGUUUCCUCUCUCCCCGGCUGCGCAAGAUGUCUCUGCGGGUGCUGAAUCCGAAUGCGGAGGUUCUCAACAAGUCCGCGGCGCUCCACAUGAACAUCAACGCCGCGAAGGGCCUGCAGGACGUCCUCAAGACCAACCUCGGACCUAAAGGCACCAUCAAAAUGCUUGUUGGUGGAGCUGGGGACAUUAAGCUCACUAAGGAUGGGAACACUCUCCUGAAGGAAAUGCAAAUUCAAAACCCAACCGCAAUUAUGAUUGCAAGGACUGCUGUUGCGCAAGACGACAUUAGCGGUGACGGAACAACAUCCACAGUCCUCUUCAUUGGCGAGCUUAUGAAACAAUCUGAGCGGUGUAUUGAUGAAGGCAUGCAUCCACGUGUUCUGGUUGAUGGGUUUGAGAUUGCGAAAAGAGCAACCCUCCAGUUUCUUGAGAAGUUCAAGACUCCUGUUGUAAUGGGCGAAGAACCUGACAAAGAAAUUCUUAAGAUGGUUGCCAGAACAACCCUAAGAACAAAGCUGUACGAGGCACUGGCUGAUCAAUUGACAGAUAUAGUUGUUAAUGCGGUGCUCUGCAUCAGAAAACCUGAGGAAGCCAUUGACCUUUUUAUGGUGGAGAUUAUGCAUAUGCGCCACAAGUUUGAUGUCGAUACACGCUUGGUUGAGGGUCUUGUCCUUGAUCAUGGUUCGAGACAUCCUGAUAUGAAGAGACGAGCAGAGAACUGUUAUAUCUUGACAUGCAAUGUCUCCUUGGAGUAUGAGAAAAGUGAAAUAAAUGCAGGUUUUUUCUACUCAAAUGCUGAGCAGAGAGAGGCAAUGGUUGCUGCGGAAAGGCGUCAAGUUGAUGAGAGAGUUCAAAAGAUUAUUGAACUUAAGAACAAGGUUUGCUCAGGCAAUGACAAUAAUUUUGUUGUCAUCAAUCAAAAGGGGAUAGACCCACCAUCGCUCGAUCUUCUUGCAAGAGCAGGGAUUGUUGCUCUUCGGAGAGCGAAGAGGAGAAAUAUGGAACGCUUGGUCUUAGCUUGUGGUGGUGAGGCCGUCAACUCUGUUGAUGAUAUUACUCCUGAUUGCCUUGGUUGGGCUGGACUUGUCUAUGAGCAUAUCCUUGGAGAAGAGAAGUACACAUUUGUGGAAAAUGUGAAGAAUCCACAUUCUUGCACAAUUUUGAUAAAAGGACCUAAUGACCACACAAUUGCUCAAAUUAAGGAUGCUGUUCGCGAUGGUCUGAGAGCUGUCAAAAAUACUAUUGAAGAUGAGGCUGUGGUACUGGGGGCUGGAGCUUUUGAAGUGGCAGCCAGACAAUUCUUGAUGAAUGAAGUGAAGAAAACUGUCCAAGGGCGUGCCCAGCUUGGUGUUGAAGCGUUUGCUAAUGCCCUGCUGGUGGUGCCGAAGACCCUUGCCGAGAAUUCUGGGCUUGAUACUCAGGAUGUGAUCAUUUCUCUGACGGGCGAGCAUGACAGGGGGAAUAUCGUUGGCCUAAAUCAGCACACAGGGGAACCUAUUGAUCCCCAGAUGGAGGGUAUCUUCGACAAUUACUCUGUGAAGCGCCAGAUUGUAAACUCAGGGCCUGUCAUUGCAUCCCAGUUACUAUUGGUGGAUGAAGUGAUCCGCGCUGGCCGUAACAUGCGGAAACCUUCUUAGGGGGUUUUCAUAACUGUGUUUUUUGGUGAAUACUUUCUGAGGCUCGAGAAAUUUACUGUGUGGAGUCCUUAGGUCUGAAGUAAAGGAGGCCCCAGAUGAGAUUAAGUUCCUGGAAUGGAGCCAACAAGCGGUGGUUGGCACCCGUACUAGAGCUAUUUGAUUCGCAUGUUAUAUGAGUUUUGCCUUC